GGAAACCAAACCGAGGCCUCGUUCCUAUGGAAAUCUGAUGCCUAGCCGAUAACCUGAGAUGGAGGGUGCGAUCGACUUCCGUGCUUUGGAGAAAGAGUUGGAAGAAGCUAUGGCCGCUGAUGAAAAGUACCAGAGAGAGAAUGAAGCCAAGUUCCGAGCAGUGCACCAGAAAGUGGCGACUUACGAAGAAUUCAGGGAUAUUGUUUUAGCAUCACAUUUAAAGCCUCUAGAGAAAAAGGACAAGGUGGGGAAGAAGAGAAAUGUGUUGUGGAACUCCCAUGCAGUUAAAGCAAACUGCAGACAAGAGAGUGAGGUACAGCUGUCUCAGGAGUUGGUACAGCUGCCCAAGACAUCUGCAGAAUUCUACAGAGAUUGGCGCAGAUGCAUGAAAAACAGCCAAGAACGCUACCAGCUCCUGCUCCAACUUGGAUCCCAAAACCUGGGCCGAAUCUUCCAAACAGAUCUUGCUUUUGGUUUCCUAGGUGAAUUCCUAUCAGUGUUCAGUGAAAAUACCUGCCUCAAAGACCGGGACUCUGUCUUGGAGAUUUUGGAGAGUUUUUCAGGAACCAAACGCUUUGGAUUGAAUGUGGAACUCAUGAGUGAGCAAGAGAAGAAAAACUGUCGGCAGUUGUUUGAGAAAUUGCAAAGGAUGGGGACUGCCCCUAGCAAUCCUCCUGACUUUUCACAUGCCACAGAGGAGGAAGGUCUGCCUGUUACCCAAAUCCAUUGCCAAGCAGAUGGACCAACUGAAAUAAAAUUGAUGGAACUGAUGCACCUUUACAAAGUCACCUAAAGGAAGCUAGAGCUUGUGUCACAAGCCACACCUCAUAGGAAAAUAAUGGAGAAGAUACGGAGGACAAGAACGUCCACAAGGAACAUCUUCUAUCAAUCAUCCCCAUUAAGAUGAGUGGGAGAUCAUCAAGAGCACACAUGAAUUCUUGCACAUCUCCAGUUAAUCUCAGUACAACUUGUAUAGAAUUAUAUUUGGUGGGUGGUGGAUGGACCUGUUUACUGAUGGACCUGCACCUGUUUACUGUGGUUUUAGGUGAGCUCUGCCUUCUCCAACAAGGCAGAUAGUGCAUUGUCAAUAAAUAAUAGUUGUU